AUGGCUGUGAUUAUGUCUAAAAACAAACUUACCAUGUCCCUUAAUUUGGUUCUUGUGCUUUGCCUUUCCGUCAUCAUCUCCUUUGCUGAGGGCAAACAACUAGGCAUUUCAUGUGAAAGCCACUCCAAGAUGCCAAAAGUUUAUGGGGUAGAAGCUGGUGAUACUUGCAAUGGGAUCAUGCAGAAGUUCAAACUGAACGCUGAGUUCUUUGCAAUCAAUCCUAACAUCAAUUGCAACAGCAUCUUUGUGGGUCAAUGGCUUUGUAUUGUUGGGACAGCAAAAUAA